CCUCCAGUAUCUGACAAAGCGACCGUCAGCCUCCGGGCGGCAGGACUCACCAGGUUGAUCCAGAGACUUCCAGCCGCGAUUGGUGCCUCCGAGUCUGUCAGGCCCUGCUGUUGACUACAGAGGAAUUUCACCUCUGGAUCCGAGUUAAAACAUUUACGAUAAUGCCCACAAUAAAACUACAGAGCUCCGAUGGGGAAAUCUUCGAGGUGGAUGUUGAGAUAGCCAAACAGUCUGUCACAAUCAAAACCAUGUUAGAAGAUUUGGGAAUGGAUGAUGAAGGAGAUGAUGACCCAGUUCCCCUCCCUAAUGUGAACGCUGCCAUCCUCAAGAAGGUGAUUCAGUGGUGCACUCAUCACAAAGAUGACCCUCCUCCUCCUGAGGAUGAUGAGAACAAGGAGAAGAGGACAGAUGACAUUCCUGUAUGGGACCAGGAGUUCCUCAAAGUGGACCAAGGCACCUUGUUUGAACUGAUUCUGGCCGCCAACUAUUUGGACAUCAAAGGUCUGUUAGAUGUCACCUGCAAGACGGUGGCCAACAUGAUUAAAGGCAAAACCCCAGAGGAGAUCAGGAAGACUUUCAACAUCAAAAAUGAUUUCACGGAGGAGGAAGAAGCCCAGGUACGCAAAGAGAACCAGUGGUGUGAAGAGAAGUAAAGGGGGAAGAUCCUGCCAACACUCCACACUGAAAAAGAAUGGUCCCUGUUAACUGGUUGCACUGGCGUUGUUCAUACUUGUCAAUAUUUACAUUAGUAUAUUAAGAGCCACGCACCCCCCACCCUCCCCUUCCCUCAAUUUCUGUAUACCAAUAGCAUGACCAUUUUAACUUUCCUGUGUGUUGUCAUUAAUUUAAACAAAGCUCUUUUCUGUUUCCACACACACGGUGUGCAUUCUCAUAACAAAUAGUUCUGGUUUCAUGGCUUCGUACCCUUAAAGAUUAGAAAAUGUUUCCCUAUUGUUAAUCGCUAAGGUUGUCUUUUUUACUGGACAUGUUAUGUUUUUCUUUUAGGGUAAUUAAUGAAAUAAAAUGGCUCUUUUGACAAUGGAGA